GGAUGAGAUUUCCCCGAGAAAGGAAAGAGUGAAGGGCACCCCGGCCCCGCGGUAAGCUCCCGGCCCGUUUGCUAAAAAAAGUGCGACCUCACCACCGCGUCCGACGAUCCUCCGCCCCGAUCCCUCCCUUCCCCGCAUUUCGCAAUGAUCCAUGCAGCUGCAGUGCCGCGGCACGGAGGAGGGUCCGGUGACCAGGGCCCGGAUUGAGGGCGGCCAUCGGGGCGCGAGCGCGCGCGUUCGACCGGCGGAGGCGGCGAGGGCGGGAUGUCGAGGGCGAACCGGCGCCGCUCCCCGGACCGGCUCGGCGAGCGGGUCGAGUUCAGGUUCUCCAACCUCCGCGCCGUCAAGGUGCCAGUAGUAUCUGACAGGCUGUUAAUUUCUAUAAUCUCAGUAGACACAGGCAAAACAAUUGCCAGGUCCAGUAAAGCUGCUGCUCGAAAUGGAAUAUGUCAAUGGCCCGAUUCCAUACUGGAAUCAAUAUGGUUUUCUCAAGAUGAAGCAUCAAAAGAAUUUGAGGAUUGCCAGUGCAGGAUUACUGUUUCCAUGGGAUCAACGAAAUCUGGUAUUCUCGGGGAAGUUUUCCUGAACUUGACUAACUAUCUUAGUUCAGUAGACUCGACUGCAAUCUCAUUGCCAUUCAAGAAAUGCAAUUCUGGAACAGUUUUACAGCUUAAGAUUCAGUGUCUUGGCAUAAAGUCUAAGUCAAGUCCAACCAAUGAUGUUAUGGACAGCAAAACAGACGAUUCUGAUAUCAUUUUCCCCAGGAAUGCUCGUUCAUCAAGAAAUCCUUUAGAUGAUGUUCAUCAAGCUGAAGUUGGAAUUAGGGAUGCAAACUUCUCAUCAUCUCCUAGGGAUGAUUCUGACGGGGGAAUAUACAUAGGGAGUUCUCAAACUCCAGGUCAAAACAUGCUGCAAGAGAGUAUAGCUGAGUCAUCCUUAAGUGGUGUUGCUCACUUAUCAUUAGGGGCAUCUGGUUCAUCCAAAGCUCUCCUUGACACUGCUGAAGAAACAAUCGAGGAACUCCUUGCUGAGGCACAGAUGUGGGAGACCCAUUCUCGCCAAUUGAAAAAUGACCUAGAGACAUUGCAGAAGGAAUGUGAUGAAAAAUCUGUGACACAGUCUGAGCUACUCCUGGAACUUUCUGCUUGUGAAGCAGAACAGGAGUCAUUAAGAAAGGAAAUUGAAGAAUUAAAAUCGUCUCUUGAAGUGGCUACAACACGAGAAACUGUUGCCGGAACUACCAAGUCUGGUGAUGUGAUAGACUUCGAGCAUGAACUAAAAGAUGAAGUGCAGUUUUUGCGGGAAUCAAAUGAAAAUUUGACAAUACAACUGAAGAAGACUCAAGAUGCAAAUAUAGAGCUUGUUUCUAUUCUUCAAGAACUGGAAGAAACAGUAGAAGUACAGAGAGAAGAAAUCUCCACUAUCUCUCAAAUGAGCAAUACAGUUGAUCAUGAGAUUCCUGUAAAUGCAUUAUCAGUUCAAGAAGAUGCAGAGUGGGCAAGGAAGUUGUCGCUUAAAGAAAAUGAAAUUGUAGAAUUGAAGGAGAAAUUGGAUCGCGUACUCAAUGUAGAAAAUGCAAGUGGUGCUGGUUCUGAUGCUAUAUAUCUUGAACUGGAAAAGGAGAAUGAAGUUCUGAUGGUAAAAAUGGAAGAACUUGAGAAUGAUUGUUCCGAAUUAACAGAGGAAAAUUUGGAACUUAUACACAAGUUGAAAGAAGUUACUGGGGUGGAAGGACAGGAUUCCAGCAUUUCUGAUAUCCAGGAAAUGUUAAAUGCGGGGGAUCUUUCUGGGACAUCAAAAUCUAGAGUAAAAUACCUAGAAAGAAAAUGUGCUGACCUUGAUCUGAGGAUACUGAAAUUUCAGUCAGAGUCCCGAGAACUAGAAGAGAAGUUCCAAAAAAGCCAAGAGGAGCUAAAAGAGAGAACUCUUGAAUUAUCUGAACUAAGAGAUAACCUUAGCAAUUCACGUGAAAUGGAACUGGAGGGAAGGGAAAUCGAUGUUGCAAGCGGUCACCAAUCAGGAAGUGAAGAACUUGGAGAUACUGAAUCUGGGUUGAAUUUGCUAAAGGAUACAAUUCAGCUCAAAGAAAAAAAGAUUGAAUCUGAGUUGAAUUUGCUAAAGGAUACAAUUCAGCUCAAAGAAAAAGAGAUUGAAGACUUGCAGCAUUCUAAACUAGAAAUGGAAACCUUCAUACAUAAUGUUCUUGAACGGAAGAUACAUGAGCUUGAAAGCUGCAAAAUGGAACUAGAAUUGCAUAUAUCGAGGCUGGAAGAUGAAAAAUUUGAAUUGUUGGAGUCCAUUUCUGGAGUGGAGGCUGAGUUGACAAAUCUGACAAGUGAGUACGAGUCAUGUAUAGUGCAAAUGGAUGAUUCUAGAACACUGAUCAUAGAUCUCAAGGAUAAAGUAGAAUGGCAGCAAGCAGAGUUGGAAGCUCAAAAGGUGGAGCUAAAGCAAAAACAGCUAGAGUUUCAGAAAAGAUAUUCAGAAGCCCAUGAGGAUUCAGAGGCUCUAAGAAGAUCAAAUGCUAAACUACAGGCUAAAGUUGAUAAUCUUGUUGAGGAGUGCAGUUCCCUUCAAGCAUUGACGGAUGAUCUAAAGAAGCAAAAGUUAGAAUUGCAUAGUUCUGCUACACAACUAGAGCAGGAACUGGAGCACUCUAAAAGAAAGACCACAGAAUUUUGCAAAACUGUGGAGUUCCUAGAGGCAAAACUUUCUUCAAUUCAGAAAGAUAUAUCUUCAAAAGAGCAAUCUUUUCUCUUGGAACUGGAGAAUGUAUUUCAGGAGCACAAGGAGCAUGAAGAAAGGAUAAGUCGUGCUCAUUUCCUUUUAAAUAAGAUCGAGAAAGAAAAAAUAAUCAAGGUAGAGAAUCUCGAGAGGGAAGUCUUGAGCCUUACUGGACAGUUGUCUUCAACACAUGAGGAGCGAGAAAAUUCCACUUUGGAUACUAUUCGUGAGGCCUCCAUCCUUCGAGCAGACAAGGCAAAACUUGAGGCUAAUCUUAAUGAUGUCAGUGAACAGUUGAGACAUUACGAGUGUCAGUUGGAAGAAAUACGUAAGGAGUCUAAAAGCAAGAUUAAAUCCCUUGUUGAUUCACUCAAUGCAUCGAAACAGAAUGAAGAAACUCUGAAAACAGAUGCUGAGGAUAUGAGAAGGUUGAUGGAAGCUGCUAAAUCUAAUGAAGAAAAAUUAAGAACAACUUCAAAUGAACUAGAACUGAAGUUUAAAACUAGCAAUUUUGAGAAACAGCAAAUAAUGGAAGAAAAUUCUGGACUAAAAAAUAAAGUCCAGAAAAUAGCAGGCCUGCAAGAUGAACUUUUGAAACUGCAAAGUACCCUUGAUGAGGCUGAGUUUGAAAAGGGAAAACUUGAAGAGCUACUUCGGUUGUUGUCUGAAGAAUGUGAUGAACUAAAGGUACAGAAGGCCGUGUUAACAGACAAAGUCUCACACAUGCAGGAUACUUCCAACAGUAUUGAUGAAGAAAAACAAAGUAAAACAUCCAUCCAAGCAAAGCAUGAGAGAAGCACAAAACAGGUUCUUUGUGUUUAAUCUGUCCAUUAAAAGAAGCCAACAAAAGACUCUCAACUUGUUGCUGCAUUUGGACUUCCAUAUCCAGAGAAAAGGGUCUGGUGGCUUGAUGUUUCUAAAUUGAAAGUUAUAGAACUGCUUGGAGGAAUAUUUGUUGGAACCCCAUAUGUAGUGCCAAGUGUCUUGUCGAUCUACUGAUACUUGUAUUCCCUGGAUGAUGCUUUGAAGUUCUUCAAACUCUUGGUAGGCUUCCAUUGAUAAUGGUGUGUAGAAUUGCUCUUCUAUAGUGUUGGUUUGUAGGAAUUGUGCCACCGAUAUAUUCUGGUUUUUUGCAAAGCUAAAGAGCCUUGGAAGUGAGUCCUUUAGGAGCCUGUUAUUCCAAACAUCUAACCAAAAAAGAACACUUUUUCCAUCUCCCACCGUACAUGUAGCCACACCUCUGAAUUGGUCACAUAGCUUCAACAGAUCUUUCCACCAAAAUGAACCAACCUCCCCGGCUGCAUGAGGAAUUGUACCAUCUGCAUAAUAGGUACUCCAGAUGAGUUUGACCCAUGGAAUGUCCCUUUUAUUGUAGAAUUUAUCUAAAUGUUUUAAGAGCAAGGCUGUAUUUUGGCUUCUUAAGUUUAUGACUCCAAGUCCCCCCUUCGCCUUUGGUCGAUGUACCUUUUUCCAUGCCACCAGAGGUUUCUUUCUAUCAUUUACAUUAGUACCUCUCCAUAGGCAGUCCCUUCUUGCUCUAUCCAUAUUUUCUACUGCUCCUAAUGGGAUCUUCAAGGUGCACAUUGUGUAUGUAGGAAGUGCUGAGAAUACUGAUUUUGUGAGUUCAACCUUGCCAGCAAGUCCUAGGAAUGUGGCUGUAGCAGUUAGCCUUCUCUCCAUUUGAUUCAUAAGGGGGGCGAAAUCGUUUAUUCUGGGCUUUGUGGUUCCAAGUGGUAAACCCAAAUAAGUGAAGGGAAGGGAUCCAAGUUGACAACCAAAAACUCUAGCGAGACUAGAUGCUUUCUCUUGGCUGAGGUUUAGAGGCACCAAACAAGAUUUCUGGUAAUUUACUCUGAGGCCAGUUGAUUGUGAGAAACCCUCAAGAAUUCCUUUCAAGCAGAAUAGUUCUCUUUCCAAGGCUUUCAUUACCAUGAUAGUAUCAUCCGCGUACUGAAUAAUAGGGAAGUCAUUGGAAGCUGAGCAUGGUAUUGGAAGACUGAAAAUCCCUUGGGAGUGAGCUUUGUUCACAAUAUAUUGGAGCAAUUCAGCAGCAAUGACAAAUAGGAGAGGUGAUAAGGGAUCUCCCUGCCUGACCCCCCUUUUGCAUUGAAAUUCUUUCCCAGGAGUUCCAUUUAAGAGGAUAGCCGAGGUGCCUGUGUCCAAGAUUCUUUUAACCCAGUUGCACCAGGUAGAUGUGAAACCGAGGUGAUGCAGCAUGCACAAGAUGGUGCUGUGCUCAAUAGUGUCAAAAGCCUUCUCAAAAUCCAGCUUAAGAAUGAUAAUUUCUUGUUUGGAGUAUUGGCAUUGGUGAAUGUACUCAAAUGACCAGGCAAGACAAUCCUGUAUUGUCCUAUUUUUUAUGAAUCCAUAUUGAUUUUGAUGGACUAGAGGAAUAAUAACUCUUUGUAGCCGAUCAGACAUGAUCUUGGUCAAUAGCUUCAAAACUGAGUUUAGGAGGGAGAUGGGCCUGAAAUCAUUGACAGAGCUUGGAUUAUUACAUUUAGGAAUUAGGGUGAUGAAUGAGCUGUUGAUGGCCUUCAGAUCAAGAUUUCCAGCAAAGAAUUCAUUGCAAAGAUCAUAUAUGUCCUCUUUAAUUAUGUGCCAACACUUCUUGAAGAAAAGGCCAUUGAAGCCAUCCGGUCCUGGAGAUUUAUCUGUAGGCAUUUGAGCUAUUGUUUUGUCAAUUUCCUCCCUUGUAACUGGUUCAGAUAAGUGAUCAAGAUUGUUGUGUCUGUGUAUCAGGUUCUCUAGAUCAAUUUGCAUAAUAGGAUUAGUGGUCAUUCCCAUUCUCUUUUUGUAGGCCUCCAAUAGCAGUGCAGCUUUUUCAAAGUGUUCAGUAAUUUGUCUUCCAUCCUCAGUCUCUAAACUAGUUAUUGUAUUGUGCCUGUAUCUCUCAGUUGCUGCUGCAUGAAAAAAUUUUGUACUUUCAUCCCCAAACUUUGUCCAUCUCACUGUAUAUCUCUUUUUCCAAUAUUCCUUCUGAUAUUUGAGCAGUGUGAGGAUAUGCCUUCUUAGAAUGAUUCUGAAGUUUCUCUCUUGAAUAAACAAGGGCCUUUGUUCCUCUAGUUUGUCUAAAAUCAGUAGGACAGAGUUGCAUUCUUUGAUUAAGUUUGAAAGUUGUGCCAUCCCUUUGGUCCAUCUUUUAAUGGCUCUUCUCAAUAGUUUGAAUUUUGCAGUAAUUCUGGUUGCAGCAUUACUACCUCUAACCUCAGAAUUCCAUACACUCUGAACUAGAUCUAUGAAACCUGGAAUGUCCAUCCAAAAAUUUUCAAAUCUGAAAAUCUUUGCUUUUGGGAUUUCUGUGCCAAUUUGUACUUGACAUGGUAUAUGGUCAGAAAUUGGCUUUGCAAGGGGGUGCAUGAGGGUGCUAGGAUAAGAACUUAUCCAAUUAGCCGAGGUAAAGCACCAGUCCAGUUGCUCAAGAAGUGGAUCUUCUUGCAUAUUACUCCAUGUGUAUUUUCUGCCCUUUAAAGGAAUUUCUUGUAUGCCAAGGUUGCUUAUUAUGGAAUUGAAGAGGAAGAUGUCAUUCAUAUUACCCCCAGGGGAACAAUGAUCUAGCUACUGACAACGGAGGUUGUUCUCCAGUUAAUGAGGAACCAGACCUGCAAACAAAGAUCAAAUCACUGGAAAGUAGACUUGCCGAGGCUCUGGCGGAAAAUAGCAUGUAUAGGACACAGCUGAAGAGCUACCUUCCGGUGGAUCAUAUUAUUCUUUUUUACCAUGUACAGUCCCAUGCCAGAGGGGCAAUCUGGGAGCAGGGAUGGCGAAGAGAAUAAUGACGACAAAAUAGCACAACUGGAGUCAGAACUAAAAGACAUGCAGGAUCGGUUACUCAAUGUGAGCAUGCAGUAUGCAGAAGUAGAGGCUCAGCGGGAGGAAUUAGUGAUGGAGCUUAAAAACGCAAACGCAAAGAAGGGACGGUGGUUCUAGCAAUUAGUGACAGAGCUCAAAACCUAUUGGGUGCCAUAGUUGUUAGGCCUACAGGACACAGCACAGUGACGGAAGCCUUUUGUUUUGGGGACCAAGGAUAGGAGCUCUGUCAUUCAUAUCAAGAAGAAAACACCGCCGCAGAAGGAAGGGAAAAAAAAUCCUGGAAGCAUGUUGUCAAAAAUGGCAGAGGUGUCCAGAUCCUCAGGGCUGCCAUCGGGAGAACUGAGCAAGUGCACCAAGGCCACGGGCUCUCCAGUCCGAGACACAAAUCGAACAACAACAAUUCGCAGAACCUGGAUACCCUGAUACACAUCGACAACGGACACGUUUUGAACUCUCAGUACUAUGCGGGUUAGAGUGACAACUCAAGUUCAUAUGACCAGAGAUCACCUUGCCUUUUACAUACCAGAUACAUAGCUGUUGAUAGAUGUAACUCCAGUCCUGUGAACUGUGCCACUGGAAAAGGGAUUAGUUAGAUGAUAUACUAGUUCAUCUCAGUCUUCAAAGAACUUGGACGAGGCUGUUCGUUGACGUAUACACAUGAUUGGUCUUUGU